ACUUCCCUUCCAUCUCCAUAAACCUUCCAUUUCUAUACCUUAAACACCAAGCUAACUAGCUAGCUAAUUAUAAUUAACUAAUUAAACCAUGGCAUAUUGGUCUGAUCUCCCUCCGGAGCUCCUCGACCUUGUCGCCACCGGCUUUGACAGCCCGUCCGACACUCGCCAUUUCCGGUCUGUUUGCUCGACGUGGCGAUCCUCCAUCCCCCAGCCUCUCACAAUGUUUUUCCCUACUAUAAAAUUCCUCAACCCUAACGUACACCACUGUGACCUCCGCCUUACCAAACACACUUUUUUCCAUCUUUCAUCUUCUUCCGAUAACGAUGCUCCUGGGUGGCUCACCAAGAGGGAGGAGCACAACCCCGGGGAACUCCAUUUGUUCAACCCCUUCUCUAGGACCCUUAUCAAACACUUAGCUCCUAAUCUCCCUAGGAAAUUAGAUCUAACCAAUAUUAAAGUUAGGGAGUUGGGUUCCGAGUAUGUGUUACGCAACGUUAGUAAUACAAGUAAUGAAAAUGAUAACAUGGAUUACUACAACAUGGAGCAUCAAAAGGUAGCAGUUACCUUCAUUAAUUCUAACAAUAAUGUCAAUGAUUAUGUUUUCUUGUCCACUCAUAACACGGGUAAGUUACUCAUGUACCGGUCCAAAAUCGAAGCAUGGACAUUUUUGGAUGAUUACACUUUGGGUUAUGAUGAUCGGAGUAUUUUUGUUAAUGAUUGGUGUUUACACUACGUGGACGUAGUGGAAUUUGAUGGUACGUUUUACGCCGUCACGAAUUCGGGUAGGACGGUAGCCAUUAAGGUUACUGACUCAUCUCUUACGGUAACAUUGCUAAAAAGCUCUAUUAUUGGUGGCGAUAAAAAGUGUUUGGUAAAAGUAGCGGAUGAUCUGUUAAUGGUCGACCUAUAUACAGACAUGACUCCCCGAUUGAUAAAAGUACACGGGGUUGAGAUUUUUAAGCUUGAUAGGGAGGAACAAAAGUGGGUUUUGGUUAAGAAUUUAGAACAUCAUUCAAUAUUUUUGAGCAACCAUUCUUCGUUUUCGGCGGUUGGUUUAAAGGGUUGCAAAGGUAAUUGCAUUUACUUUCAUUUCAAGAACUUAGAUAAUAAAGAUUCAUGCUGCUCCGAGGUAAAAGACGAAGCUUCAAUGGAUAAUUUUGAGUGGAAAAGUGAUGAAGUUGGUGUUUUUGAUUUUGAAAAAGGAUUUUUUGGACGGUUGGAUGAACAUUUGAAAGAUUCACAACUGUUUUCUUGGCCUCCGCCGGGUUGGGUGACUUCGGCACGUAUGAUAACAAGUCCGUGAUCGGGUUGGAUUAUUGGAUCUUAGUGCAAAAAUGGAGACUUAAAUUAAUUUGUUUCUUGAUUUAUUUAUUUUCCCCCUAUUUUGUUUGAUUAAUUGUAUAUUAUCGCAGCUUAAUUAAUUAAAAAUAACUAUACUGGUUAAAUA